UUUCUCAAUAAGUUCAGUCUCCACCUAUCACGUGCACGUCGUAUAUUUAAGCCGUUAAAAUGUUUUUCGAUAGUGAAGUGCUCAAUAGUAACAGUUUAAAGAACGCGUGGAGAGCUGCGAACAAACAAGAUUUAUGCCCUGAAAAUGUGCCUUUGCCGAAAGUUUGCAAAUUGUUAGACAGUUGGAUAGCCAGCGACUACCAAGAUCCCUGCAGACGAAUGUCCCUGAGAACAUCCUCAAUACUCGUAGACGGCGCUGCAAAGCUGUAUCAUCAGGGACUCAAUGAUCUACUCAAAGAUGUGUAUAAAAUGGAAUACCAAAUGAUCACUCGUAAGAGACGAUGGAGUGAUCAUUUGAAUUCUGAAGAAUUUGAACAAUCGAAUGACAAUGAGAGCUCCCCGGGGCAUAGUGCCUCGACUGUCAAAUCUGACAGUUUUGAUUUUGACAUAUAUAAAAGCGGGAAAUCAAAGAAAAACGACAUGUCGGUUCGUAUUUUUGGGACUGCUAUAAUGAUUUAAUGAAACGUAAAUGUUAUUCAAUGGAUCUCACAUUUUUUGACGAUUCUCGGCGAAAUCACUGUAAGAAGAAAAAUAACAAUUCUCUAAUCAUCACUUCCGAGGCGAGACAAAACAAAAGCACAAGUAAUGAAGAAUUUCCGAUUGGACAAAUUUUUAUUUACGAAAAUCACAUGUCCAAAGUACCUAGUAAAAUAAUAAUAGGCAAAAUAAACUCUGAUGUGAAGAAAAAUAUUAAAUUCUAACUCAUUUUGUAAGUUGAUUAUCCACAUAAGUGCGUGGUUAUAAAUUUAGGUUUAAUUUAUCCCAUAUGUAUUAUUACAAUGUACUUAUUUUAUGAUUGUUUUAAAACAUGUCUCAGUUAAGUAUUGUUUUUUCUUUCAAUUCUUUUAAGACUCGUGGUUAAAAAGAAGUCCUUUGUGUUACAAAAUCUAUAAAUAUUUAAAUAUUACUUGUUCCCAAAAAAGGGUUGAAAAUUUGGAGCACAUGUUUAUUAUUCAAAUCUGCGAGUUUCGUUAUAAAAACAUUGUAUAUUGCACAAGAAACAGCAAUAUUUAUGCAAAAUAUUUGUCCCGCGGAAAUAGGGAAUAUCCUGAGUGUUUCUGGAAUGGAAAAUCGUGAAAUGGGUCCUGUUACAAGUGUGUACUUAUAUUUUUUAUUUGUAAUAGUAAAGUUUUAUGUUAUUAUCCAUAAAUAUAUGUAACUACCUACUGUUAACA